AUGGCUGAACUUCGUGUUUGCCGGUUUUUCGUGAUCUUUGGUCAUCUGGCGGUUGUGUUGGUGCUCGCCCAGAAUCCCGUCGAGGAGAAGACCACCUUCGAGGCUGCAUUUCAAGGAAGAUGCGGCCACGGGUCUCCGUGCGAGCAGCUCUGCUACGAACUUCACGACGGGAUGUACGAGUGUGACUGCAAGGACGGCUACAUUCUUCAUAAAAAUGGAUACAGCUGCGCCGAGCUGAAUUCGACGUCACCGUCGACAGGCGAGCUCGGCGAGCUAGUCGACGACCUCGAAAACGACGAAUUAAACAAAGACACAGACGACGACGAAGAUGCAGUCGAGGACAUCCUUUACAUGCGCGGCGCGUCCUUUACAAUACACCUGGACCCGUCUUCAGAAAAUUCUACCACGAAUUCCACCAAGACCAGCGAAGAGAAUAACGUUCCUCUCGAUCGGGUAGAGCUGCGAGCCACGUCUCAGGGUCCUAAUUUGGAACAAAAGCUACCAUCCACGAUGGAGAGUAUAAUGAGCACGGAACCGGCUUGUUCCCUGGACUGCGGGCCAGCCGGCAACUGUUACAUCGAGCAGAGUCGCGACGACGACGUCGAUCUUCUCGACGAGGACGCGGAGAACGCGUCGGACGACUCGUCGAUCGCCAUGGAUCUCGAAGGCAACGACGUUGUCCCGAGACGGAAACAAGGGUCCUUCAGGCAACGGUGUCAAUGCCCUCUCGGCAGAGGAGGCGAUCGAUGUCAGCUCGAGGCCGAGGUGAGAUCGCCACGUUUCACUGGCUCCGGCUGGUUGGCGUUCCCCGCGCUGAAGGCUGCUUACAAGCACGUCCAAUUAGAAUUGGAAUUCCGGCCUGAGGCAUGGGACGGGAUUCUGUUGCUCGCCGGCGAGAGGGACGAUCUUCAGGGUGACUUCAUGGCCCUGAUUCUCCACCAUGGCUUCAUCGAGUUCAGGUUCGAUUGCGGCAGCGGAGUUGGCACCGUCAGGAGCACGCAAACAGUGAGGCUGAACGAGUGGAACACUCUAACUGUCUACAGGCACCGAUGGGACGCCUGGAUUCAGUUGAACCAAGAGAAACGCGUGGAGGGAAGAUCGAAGGGCUUGUUUGCGAGGAUUACCUUCCGCGAGCCGUUGUUCGUCGGCGGCCCCGGAAACACAACUGGCCUCGAGCGACUUCCGGUGAGGACCGGAUUUAAGGGCUGCAUCCGGCAUCUGGAAGCCAAUGAACACCGGUAUCGUUUCCCCCUCGCGCCACAGGGAGACGCGGCGAAUGGUUUCGACGUCGAGGAGUGCACGGCGGACAGAUGCAGCAAGGUUCCCUGUUCCCAUGGCGGGAAAUGCUUGACUACCGGAGGCGACACAGCCGUCUGCCUCUGCCCCCUCGGAUACACCGGCGAUCUCUGCGAAACCAGGGUGGAUUUGCAGGUGCCGUCGUUCAACGGAUCCUCUUAUCUGCGCUAUCCUGGAUUGGCCGACACGUCGCUAUCCUGGUUGGAAUUGGCUGUCACGUUGAAACCAACCGCCGCAGACGGCGUUAUACUUUACAAUGGCCACCACAGCGACGCUACCGGUGACUUCAUCGCGUUGUACCUGUCGUCGGGACAUGUUCAGUUCACCUUUGACCUGGGAACAGGCCCGGCUACAUUGAGGAGCGAGAAUCUCGUUCGUCUAGGCGAAUGGGUGGAGGUGCGAGUGUCGAGAACCGGACGUUUGGCCUCGCUCGAGGUCGAGGACGAUCCUCCGCAGGAAAUCCUGGCGCCAGGCGCUUUCACGCAGCUAUCGUUGCCGCUAAAUCUUUACUUGGGCGGCGCGCCGUCCACUGACAUGUACUCGCCGAAGAUGAAAACGACCGCAAGCUUCGUGGGCUGCAUUCAGACGGUCAUUUUGAACCGUCGAGAGAUUGGAAUUCUCGCCGAGGCGCUGGGUGGAGUGAACGUCGGGAAUUGCGGCCACGCGUGUGAGGCAAGACCCUGCGGAGACGCGGAAUGUCGCCCUCUUCGAGAUCGGUUCACGUGUCGCUGUCGUCCUGGCAUGCCGCAUCCGUGUCCAGCGCCGGACGACAACACUAUUCUCGAUGGAUCCGCGGCGAAGCAGAACGUUGGCACGCAAUUCGAGAGAUCCGUGCCCAGUUUUUCCGGAAGCGAGAGCUAUCUUCAUUACAACGACGCGGACACGAUGAGGAGGAUAAUAAGCUACAGGGUGGACAUCAACAUGAGAUUCCGAGCGAGCAGCAGUAGCGGAUUGCUGCUGUGGAGCGGACGACAAGCGGAUCCGCAAGAACAAAGAGACGAGAACGACGAUUUUCUUGCACUCGGUUUGGACCGUGGUUACCUGACUUUAGCUUACAAUCUUGGCUCCGGGGAAGCCGUUCUACGAUACAAUUUAACGAGACUGGACGAUGAUCUAUGGCACCGUGUACGAGCAGUCAGAAACGAACAGUGGGCGUCGCUGGUUGUCGACAGCGGCACAGGAGUAUCCGCAUCGUCGCCUGGACAGCUCAGACAGCUGAACACCGACACGGGUCUUUAUGUCGGUGGUGCACCGGACAUCGUGAGGACAACAGGAGGCAGGUACACGAAGGGGAUCGUCGGCUGUGUCAGCGACCUGGUCCUCGACUCAGACUUCUCAGUGGCGUUGUCGUCACCGGAACAAGCUACCAACACGCACUCGUGCAUCCCCUGAAAGACAUCCGUGCCGUCCGACGUUAGAUGGUUAGGUCCACGUGGACCAUCGCUAGGAUUAUGAAAAUGCAUCACGAUGAAUAACGCUGGCCAAGCCAGAGUUCGGCGACGUUGCACCAGCGUUCAAGGUGACCACCACUGGCCGCCUUGGGAACGCCUUGAACGCUGAUCACGUAUCGACGUGAACGAUUUAUACACACCGAUCACCACGGUUCAUCAUUUUUGUACAGAUUCAUCAACGACGAACCAGAAGAAGAAGACAAGGUAAACGAAAAGGAGAGAAA